AUGAGAUGGCGGCAGAGGCGUCUCAAUGCCGAGAAGAACGAGCUCGCAAAGCUUCUCCAGUCGUGUGCUGCCCACAAGGAUGUUGCUCGUACCAGGAUCGUUCAUCGCACGAUAACCGCCAGCGAUCGCCACAGCCGCAGUGCCUUUCUGCUCAAUCUCCUCGUCCACGCUUAUGCGCAAUGCGGCUGCCUGGGCGACGCCGCUGCCGUAUUUGCCGCACUGCCGCGGCCAAAUCUCUUCUCCUGGAACAUCCUCCUCCACGCACACAUUUGCAACGGCCAGAUCCAGUCGGCAUGGAAAGUGUUCCACGCCAUGCCGCUCAGAGACGCUGUGUCCUGGAACAAUAUUACCACCGUAUAUGCCAGCCACGGGCAAUUGCAAGAGGCUCGGCUACUCCUGGAGCGAACUCCCUCUUGGAGCGUUGUCUGUUUGAGCUCUCUCGUUAACGGCUGUGCCCAACUUGGUGACAUUGAUGCCGCUCUAUUCUACUUCCAUUCGAUGCCAACUCGCAACGAGGUGUCCUGGAAUGCCAUCAUCCAAGCGACUACCCAGAAUGGGCAUCCGGACGACGCGAAGUACGUGUUUGACAAGAUGCCUCUAUGGGGCAUUACUACGUGGAACAUUCUUUUCUAUGCUUGCGCGCAGCAAGGCAGGGUAUUGGAGGCAGCUCGAAUUUUUUGUACAAUGCCCGAGCACAAUCUCAUGUCAUGGAACGCUAUGCUGGCAGCUUUUGCCCAGUAUGGGCAUCAAAUGCAGGCAAAGUGUUGCUUUGACAGGAUGCCCGAGCGCAACAUUGGUGCUUGGAACUCUAUAAUUCUACUCCAUGGCAAUCUUGGACUGCUAACUUUGGCACACUUGGCCUUCCACAAGAUGCCCGCCUGGGACGUCAUCUCCUGGAACACUUUGUUUCGAGCGAUGUACCAAAACGGGCACCUGGAUCACGCUACGGAGCUCUUUCUUUCCAUGCCGGAGCGUAGCAUUGUAACGUGGACCUCCAUGAUCGAUGUGCAUGGUCAGGGAGGCUAUCUCGACCGCGCCGUGGAAACUUUUAACUCGAUGCCAUGCCGCGACGUCGUUGCCUGGAACGCACUGAUAGCAGCAAAUGUUCUGAAUGGUCAUUUGCAUGGUGCUGCCGUGGUAUUCACCUCUAUGCCCCUGCAUGAGGCAUUUGGCUGGACGACCAUGUUGGCCACUUACGCAGGUCAAGGAUGCAUGGAAAAAGCAUGUGAGAUGUUUGAAUCUCUUUCAAAGAGGAAUGUCGUUUCAUGGAAUGCAAUGAUCCAAGCUUAUGCCCAGAGUGGGCACGGCUUCGAGGCCUUGGAGCUUUACCACGAGAUGCUUCUCUGCGGCGUGAUGCCUGACGAGGCAUCGUUUAAGAGUGUCAUGGUGGCGUGCAGCUACGUCGGGAUGUUGCACGACACUUGCCACGCAUUACUUGUGUCCAUGGCGAGUGAUUUUGACGUUGCUCUAAGCAAAGAUCACUUCAACUGCAUCGCAGACAUGCUAGGGAGGAGCGGGCAGCUAGAUCGAGCUGAGGAGUUUGUCCAUAACAUGCCAGUGCCACCUCUUGAAAAGGCCACGGCGUGGAGUGCAUUGCUGGGGAACUGCAAGCUCCAGCAGGACACCGAACGAGCAGCUCGAGUGGCAGAGUACGCUCUGGAGCUCAACCCAGGAGACUGCGCUACCUACAUACUGCUCGCAAAUUUGUUUGCAUCCUCAGGAUGUCUCCAAGACGACAGUGUGUAA